UGAAGAUCAUACCGAGCAAGUUUUUAUGGACUGCUUUCUACAAAUAAAGUUCAGAUUUACUUUGGAAAUCAUGUAACUUUUCAAUCCGAAAUGAGAGGGAUGCUACAAGUUGUGAUGUUAUUGGAUUUUAUCAACAUUUAAUCUGAUGUACUCACAUAAUAAAAUAUGAAUAUUUCCAACGUGUCCAAUACUUUUCAAAAUGCUUCAAAGACAUUUAAUGGAACACGAUACGUAGAAAUAGAAGGAGCGAGGGAGUGGUGUCUGGCAUCCCUUGUCCUGGCAUGGCUGCUUGUCAUUUUGACGAUCACCAUGAACACAGCAGUGAUUGUUUGCAUUUGUAGCCAGAAGAAGAAGUCUAGAUUGUACUUUCUGCUGCUGAACAUGGCCCUCGCAGAUUUAUUGACGGGAAUAUUUGACACUUUUGUCAACGCAACAGAAAGAUCGCUCGGAUAUGAAGAUAUGACGUGGGCGUGGUUCGCUGGCCUGUAUGGGUGUAAAAUACAAAGGAUGGCUGCUACUGCCUUUGCGAUGACGUCAAAUUUCAUACUUGCAGCUACAAGUUUUGAUAGGGCGUUCGUUAUCGCCAAACCUAUGAUUAAUUUCAAACAAGGGUUGGUUGUACAGAAGUAUCUGACAAUAUUGUGCUGGGUAUGUAGCUCAUUAUUGAGCAUUCCUGUAUAUCUAGCGAUGUAUUUGAUACCCGUGUUAUUGGACAAGGCCUAUGUUCUAUGCUUCCUUGACGAGAAGGUGAUAAGCUUCAGUACUGUGACGCACUACCUGCUGGUGUUCCAAUACCUACUCCCCCUCUCGAUAAUUGUGGUAAGCUAUGAGGUCCUGUUAUGCGCCCUGGGCCGCCGGUCUGCAUCAUGCGGGAAAAGAGAUUCCGGUGGGAAUGGUUUGAUGAGGAUUUUCAAUUCCGGCUUGCCCCGUAUAAAGACAAGGAGUCUGAAACUUAUGUGUGGCAUAGUUGCAGGGUUUGUUUUGGCAUGGACACCUUACUUCACAAUAUCUUACUUAAGUAUAUUUGGAUACAAUCAUCCGUCUCUACAAGUUGGCGGUCUUAUGUACUACUUAAACGGAAUAAUAAACCCAGUGGUUUUCUGUUUUUCUCACCGUACAGAACCAGUCAAUUCGUCGACGAGCUCUUCUUCAAAUGAAACAGCAACGAAUGCAAGCAUGAUAACGAAGAAGUCCUCUCGAACUUUCCUACCAACAGACGAUAUGGUAAAUGAUAAAGUACUUUGAAAAAGUCAAAUAGAUAUGAUCAGUAUGUGGUGUAAGUUGAUAGUUUGAAUUCGAUGUUACGGGGACAAGGUCUUCAAAUAAGAUGCACAAAAAAAAAAUCAGCAAAAAGAAAGACAAUGCAGAGUUACUCAUUAUCAUUAAAAUUGCAUAAUCUUCCGGAUUUGAUUUGAUUUUUGAUUUUUCCGGAACUGAUUUUCUCUAUAUUCUCAGAAAAUGAAUGCACAUGCUAGUAAGCAAAAAUAAUUAAUUGCAAGCCCCAUGCGUAUCUUUAUCUAAGUUAUAGUAUAUGUAUAUAAGUCGAAAUGAAGAAAAUGAACAUAUUGUAUUAUUAAAAGUUCUUUGAAUCAUCAUCAAAUGUUAAUGUGUAAUUCUUUCGAUAAUAAUUCAUUAAGCUUCUAUAUAGCAUGUUAUUAUUUAAAGGCAAAUGACGCGUUUUUCCUUUACCAGAUUAACAGAUUCUCUUUUUUUGUUCAUUCAUUAUAUAAUCAAUUGGUAUUAAGGAAAACUGACGUAAGCAGUUGAAUCAACAGUAAACAAAUGUUUAAAAGGUCUUCGAUAUUCUAUAUUCACGAUAUUUUAAAAUUCUUUAUAACCAUACUAAACGACUGCUAAGUACCACCAUUAUUGUGAUAAAACGGUUUCCAAAAAGGAUUUUGGGAAUAUAUUCCAUUUGCCAUUAUUUGUAUUACAAAGGAGAAAAUUCACACGAUCUUAAAGAUAUGACCUAUGUCCAAACUUGUAACAAGUAACAAGUAACUAAGCACAUAAUACAAUGUCGCACAUACUGUUCUCAGCAUUAUUAUUCUUCUUAAAAGUAAUUUUCAAAAACAAAAUGAGUCUGAUGAUGAAUUGAGAUAUUUCCAGAAAUAUUCUCCUAAAGAAAUGACAUCGCUCAGGAAAACAAGCCAGGAAGUACUUCCGAUACAACAUAAACAUCCAAAACGUAGAAACAGCAAUCUUAGUAAAUUGAAAUUUAAAACAAAUUACGCCCACUUACCCGAGUCUGUAUGAUUUAUAACAUAAUUAACGCCCAUUAAACCCGAAUGUGCGCAAAUACAUUCUCCUGGGAAUGGGCUGAUGCUGUAAUAUAGACAGCUUUACAACAUAUCAGCAGGAAACGUUUUAUUGUAACAAUAAAAUGCUUCCCAACGGACAUCAGUUUAUUGGUGGCUGAAGGAAAAAUUC